CAUUGUUAACCCCCAUAUUGAAAGAUAAACCGUGAAAAGUCACAAAAAAUUAAAAUUUUGAUAAUGAAAAAUUCAAGUGAACAAAUAAGGAAAAUAGAGGAUGAAUUGGAUUUGUUGCCGUUGAAGAAGGACAUUUACGAAUUUUUCAGUAACGCGCAGAAAACGAAAUCUGCCAAUUUACGCGAAAUUCUACUAAUAUAUCUCAAGAUAACCGGCGUGUUAAACUGGCUUAACAAACGCAAUGUUUCGCCCGGCUCCUCCGGAAAGGCCCCGGAACAGGGCGCCGGCAAAAUCGUCGAAAAUACGUCGAGAGUGUUUAUUAAUUUGCUACACAAUUUAGGCAAAUCCGUCAGAGAAUUGAAAAUCACCAACGUUGAAUUGAAUAGCUCCGAUAAAAAAGCCAUAGUAAAAGAAGCCCAGAACUUCCUCGCAGGCUCGCUAACCAACGCAACUAGCUUCAAAAUAUUCUUGAAACCCAAGAAGAAAUCGCGGAAGCUGCGUUUCCUGGAAACCCAGAAAAUCGUCUACCCGCCCGACCCGCCACCGCCGGUUUCAUCCAAUCCCUUCAAAACGGGCCACUUCAACACCGAGGUCUCCAUGACCGAAUUCGAAAUGAGCGACGAAAAGCCGUCACAGCAAAGAACCAAAAUGCAGAACAAAUUAAAGACGAUGGAAAUUCGGCAUUUUAGAAAAGGCCGACCUGCACCACAACAGCAAAUGGCUCAGCACGAGCUGAAGCUACAACAGCAAAUGAACGGUGCUUCCUCCCCGAGGUUGAGCGAAAUUAUCCACAAUGUUAAAAAGGCGCAACAACAUGUUUCUUACAAAAACCAGCAGAAAAACAAUAAUGCGGCUUACUGUAAAAUUCUGAGAGCGUUGCAUUUUUUCGAGGACAAAAACAGCUUCAGGAUGUUAGAAAAAAAUUUUGUGGUGUCCGAUCGACUAGCUAACGUGACCCAAACCAUAUCUAAACUUUUAGAAGGGUAUGAUAUCAGACUCAGACCCAAUUUCGGGGGCGAGCCGCUAUUCGUGGGCAUGGACUUAACAAUAGCGAGUUUCGAUGCAAUAUCCGAAGUAAACAUGGAUUAUACAAUAACGCUCUAUUUAAACCAAUAUUGGAAAGACGAGCGAUUGGCGUUCGGCGGUGAUGAUGAAAUCUUAACCCUCUCCGGCGAUUUCGCCGAGAAAAUUUGGGUGCCCGAUACAUUUUUCGCCAACGACAAAAACAGCUUCCUCCACGAUGUUACCGAACGUAACAAGCUGGUGAGGCUGAGCGGUGACGGAUUCAUAGUUUACGGGAUGAGGUUUACAACGACUUUAGCCUGCAUGAUGGAUCUUCACUAUUACCCCUUGGAUUCGCAGAAUUGCACCGUCGAAAUCGAAAGUUACGGUUAUACAGUAGUCGACGUGGUGAUGUACUGGAAAUCCACUCCGGUGCGCGGCGUAGAAGAAGCCGAGCUGCCCCAAUUCACCAUAAUGGGCUGGGAGACCAACGACAGGAAGGAGCGAUUGGCCACCGGCACCUACCAAAGGCUCUCGUUGUCGUUUAAACUGCAAAGGAACAUCGGCUAUUUCAUAUUCCAGACGUACCUGCCGAGCAUACUGAUCGUUAUGCUGUCGUGGGUGUCGUUCUGGAUCAACCACGAGGCCACCAGCGCCAGGGUGGCUUUAGGUAUCACGACUGUACUGACCAUGACUACAAUUAGCACGGGCGUGCGUAGCUCUUUGCCUAGAAUAAGCUACGUGAAAGCCAUAGAUAUCUACCUAGUGAUGUGCUUCGUUUUCGUAUUCGCCGCGCUUCUAGAGUACGCAGCCGUGAAUUACACCUACUGGGGAGCCAGGGCCAAGAAGAAGAGCAAAAAACUCAAAGAAUCAGACGAUAGUAAAAUCGGGACCAAAGUGACUACCCAGUCGAGCGUGAGCAAUCAAGACAUUAUCGAGCUGAAAGACGUUAAAAUGAGUCCGAUCGCUUCGAUUAGGAACAGAUACAGUUCCGGUUAUGCAUACGACGUUGAUCCAUCCAAGUUUCCUCCUAGUUUCCGCAUAUUAAGAACGCAAAGUCCAUACAACUAUAGAUCUCCUUCGGGAGUUAGAUAUAGGGGAAAUAAAGGAAAUCCGGUUCACAAGCCGAAAAUGCUGCAAGCGAUUAGAAAAGGAGCACUAGUUUUGAAAUCGUCCCUGCCGAAAAUCAAAGAUGUGAACGUCAUAGACAAAUACUCGAGGAUAGUUUUUCCGGUUGCGUUUUUAGCGUUCAACAUCGGUUAUUGGUUGUUCUAUUUUUUGGAAUAAAUUUACACACACCGGUCUUUUUAUUGGUAGUUUCUUUUUUAUAUGCAUUCGAUGUAAGCAGAAAUAUCGGGCUCAAAUUAUGUUUACGUAGGUAUUAUUACAUUGUUGGAAGCAAAUUUUCUUAGACGUAACCUAAUGAAUGUUGUAUAUCGUUUGAUUAAAAUAAAAUUUUUAAGCGAAUAUAAUAUAAUACCUGUAUCGAUUUCAAUAUUGAUGUAUCUAAUUAAUUUGCUUGAAAACACACCAAUUAGGAUUUAAAAUAAAUCUGUUUUUACACUUUUUUUAAUUAAUAUGUGG